CUUCGAUCCUCGUUAAUGGUAAAUGGAAUGUUGAGCACAAGAUCAUGAGAAGAAUUCUAGCGGGGAAGAAGAUUUUGAAUCGGAUCCCAUGUCCGAACCGAUCCUUUUGCUCAACCUCCGGAAACAACAAACCCACUACGACCGGCGGCGGCGCCACUCGCGAUGGGUCUUCUUCUUCUCCAUCGUUGAGUAAGUACGAUGAACAAUACAAAGCUCUUGAAGACCUCGAUUUUGUGAAAGCCGCGAAAAUCCUCUUCUCCGACCCUCCCAAGAAGAAGAAAUUUGGGUUGGAUUUCCAUCUGGUGCAGCUAUUCUUUGCUUGCUUGCCGUCGUUGGCUGUGUAUCUUGUUGCUCAGUAUGCCCGCGGAGAAAUGAAAAUAAUGGAUGCGGCUUUGGAAAAAAAGAAACAGGCUGAGUUUGAAGCUCAAGCAAAAGAGAUGGAGCUCAAGGCUGCUGAACAAAAAGCAUUAGUAGCAUCUAAUCCAGAGAUUUUGGAGGUCAAAGAGAGACUAGAUAAGCUCGAGGUGACAUUGAAGGAUUUAGUAACAAAUUCAAAGAAGCCAGCAGACGACGCCACAAAAACAGGCAGAGAAGAUCAAAAUGAGCAAAAGCGAGCUACUCAGCCGAAUGAGUCUGUAGGCAAGACGUCUAUAGAGAAAGGAACAGUUGUAAGUGAAGGAAAGACAAGUGGACUUGCACCAGAUAUUAGUCCCUCACAGAGCAAUCAAAACAACAUAAAAAAAUGAUGGACCCUUUAAGGAGUGAAAAAAUGAGAAUUACUAAGCAAAUUUUGUGUAGUGGAACUUGCCAAGAAUUUGGUUGUCAAGUGCCUCAGGAAGAUGGUAACUGAUGAAAACACUUUCAAAGCAGGCUCAUUUUUUUGUAUGACCAAAUUGGUAUCAUUGAUUAAUACAGCUAGAAGCUGAAGUAGCUAGUUCCAUUGAGUCGUCGACUGUUCUUACCAACUUGUGUAUUUGAUAGUAGAAUUUGGGUUGUUAGGAGUGGCCAAUUUUCUGAUUGUAUAUAGCUUUUACUUUUUUUUGGAUAAUCUUCUUGGCAUGAAAUGGAUGUUCCUUUGUCAAAUUUCUCUUCAAGGUA